AUGCGUGUGGUUUUCAGCAGCGCGGUCAGCAGGUCGACAAUAGACUUGGGAUGGGAAUUGGGAUGGCCUCCGAACGAUGAGAGCACUGAAGCUGGAACUGCAUCCAGCAUCCAGCACGAGUAUAUUGGCAAACUUUUCAUGUUCGACUUUCAAAUACUGAUCCUGUUUUCAUUGAAUCUUUUGGUAUUAACUAAUGCCGCGGAUAACUGGCAACGUUUGCCAUCGUUGGACACAUUUGUAAGCUAUGAGGACAUGCAGCGCUACUUUGAUCAGCGAAACUUUAAGAGCAUGCGUCAAAUUGACAAUCCCACCGAUGACAGCUACUUGGCCGCUUUUAAUCAGUAUAAUGAGCAGCCAGCACAAUCUGCCCAGACUGAUCAUCCGCGGUCCAAGCGAGAGCAGCGAGCUCGGGAACUGCCGAGUGCUCCACGAAUGCUGCGCUUUGAGCUCAGUGAUGCCGUGGAGCCCAGUGCAGAGUUGAAGCAGUUCCUGCGCCAGCAUCAUGAUCGAUCGCUGAGCAGCUCAGCUGAGCCGAGUGCCACAGAAAACAAAAAGAAGUCCGACAAGCCGCGUCGCUCUAGAAGGUCGACAGUUAAUCGCCAGCCAGCCAACUUUAAGGUACAAAUGAUUCCCUUCGAGACAACGGAUGCACGAGAACCGGAUGCAAUCACAGCCAAGCUGAUAAAUCGAGCAAGAGCUUUGGAUAUGCAAAGGCAUUCAGCUUUGGUUCAGGAAGGAAUCCAAGCUUCAACCGCUCCCCAAGCUGCUAAACAACCCCUAAAGUCCCGGGGACGCAAGUCCAAGCGAUCCAAGCGAUCAACUUCACUGCAUGUCAUGAAGUUUGAGCUGGCAGAUGCAAAGACAUCCUUACCAGCUGGCCUACAACGCUCCGGCAAGAAGAUGUCCAUGCCCAGUCUGCUGACCAUGGAGACACAAGCGAAAGUGAAUCAAAACCAAACCAAACAAGAAACCACCAUGGAUGACAACCUGGUAUCGUCUGGGGAAAGUGCAGCAGAGACUAAGCGCCUGUAUGUCUAUAAGGAUGCACCCUCCUCAACUCACGUCAAGUCGAAGAAAUCGAUAAUUGGUCUUCCACAUGAGGUGCAUAAGGUCAUUACCCAUCUGAUCAAGGACGGUCAUGGAGGCAAGGCUUAUGUCAAGUAUUUGCCACCUCAGAGUAGCAACUAUGAGCACUUCAAGGCCAAGGCAAUCUCCUACAGCCACAAGCCAGCUAUCAAAUACGUGCCAGUCAAGUCCGUCGAACCAGUUCAAGUUCACAUACAACCCGUGCCCGUUGUGGAACAGCUGCGUUAUGUCUAUAAGCCAACCUUUGCAAAGGUAUAUCCCGUUGCACCCACCAUCAGCCAGCCAAUUGUGGUGCAGGAGGCACCAGCACCCGAGGAGGUGCAUCACACCUACAGUGCCGCAUUGGCCGCUCCUCAAGCUGCAGGCGCAGCUGCAGAAGUGCCCCAUCAUCAUGCUCAUCUGGCCACAAGUAUUGUCAGUCCACAGUUCCGGCCAUCUAAGCCGGAUCCCUUGCAAACGGAGCUCGUGCACGCGAGUCCCAUCUAUGGAAGACCUAUAGAGCAAUACAACUAUGAGAUUCAAUCGGAACCAACUCACUCAGUUGCUCCACAAAUGAUCAAAAUCGAGUACCAUGCUCCGUUGGAUAGCAUCAAUGAUCACUACAAACAGCUGCCCGAAUUUCAGGAGCUAUCCACGUUGAUUGGCAAGUCGCCAGAUGAUCAAAUCCAUGGUCUCACCUACCUCCUGGCCAAGGAGAUGCAGGCCAAGCUGCAGCGACAGCCAAAACAGCUGCUGGUUGCCCAGGUGCACGAUCGUCCCCAGGACAACACGGCGCCCAUUCAGUUUCAUCCCACACAGCAGGCACCCGAGUUGGCCAAAUUGAAUAGUCCAGAAAUGCAGGAGCAUGGCCCGUUGGGCGUUCAGCCAGGACGACUGAUUGGCAUGGCCAAAACCAAGCAGUAUGUGCCCAUUGUGGAGCCGGGCAACAACGAUGUCGCCGAGUUGCCGGUGGUUGCCAGCAGUGCUUCAACAAAGCUGGCCACACCCAAUUCCUUCAUAGAUUACACAGCCGGCCAUGGACUAUCCAAUGGCUAUGAGGGAGUCCGCGAUGAGCAUCCAUUGACCACUGUGCAGCACAUCGUGCAUCAUCCCACUGCGGAGCAUCAACACGAGGUGGUAGCUGCACCUUUGCCAGCUCAAUUGGAGGCAGAUAAGAUUACAACUGGAUUGCACUAUGUGCACAAUCACGGAGAAAAAGCGCUGCAGUAUGCCUCAAAGUAUGCCUUUGGUUAUCGCAUACGUGAUUUCCAUACCGGCAACGAUUUUGGCCACAAACAGAAUAGGGACUCGCACGGCGUGACACGCGGUCAAUAUCACAUUUUAUUGCCAGAUGGACGUAUCCAGAACGUGAUUUAUCAUGCAGACGAUACGGGCUUCCAUGCGGACGUUAGUUUCGAGACCGGAAAACCGAGGCACUAA